CCGCCAACUCCGAGCGCUCGGCGCCAUUUCUCCCAGUUCUCGUCUGAAGAGGGAGGCGGCGGUUUUUGCUCUCCGUGGAAACGAACAUCGUUCCGCUGGAAACAGACCGUUUACCGAGUGUCGAUCGUUCCUGGCUGGUAAUAUACCUUGUGUUAUUUGUGUGGUGGUGGGGCUCGCUCCCCUCGCGGGGGGGAAGGCGGUUUGUCCCUCAGAGCGGCAAGGCCUGGGGCCUGCGAACACAGCGGCCCUCUGUGGGGGCGGAGAGAUGGGAGGCCGAGGGGCCGACACGGGGGCUGGUGUGGGCGCAGGCCUACUAGGCCGAGGGAUCAAGGGAGCAUGCAGCCGGCAGUGUGCCUCCACUGCAGGAUCUACCGGGUUAUGUGGGGAUUCGGGGAGCGUGCAGCCGGCAGUGUGCCUCCAUUGCCGGAUCUACCGGGUUAUGUGGGGAUUCGGGGAGCGUGCAGCCGGCAGUGUGCCUCCAUUGCCGGAUCUACCGGGUUAUGUGGGGAUUCGGGGAGCGUGCAGCCGGCAGUGUGCCUCCACUGCAGGAUCUACCGGGUUAUGUGGGGAUUCGGGGAGCGUGCAGCCGGCAGUGUGCCUCCACUGCAGGAUCUACCGGGUUAUGUGGGGAUUCGGGGAGCAUGCAGCCGGCAGUGUGCCUCCUCUGCAGGAUCUACCGGGUUAUGUGGGGAUUCGGGGAGCAUGCAGCCGGCAGUGUGCCACCAUUGCAGGAUCUACCGGGUUAUGUGGGGAUUCGGGGAGCAUGCAGCCGGCAGUGUGCCUCCACUGCAGGAUCUACCGGGUUAUGUGGGGAUUCGGGGAGCAUGCAGCCGGCAGUGUGCCUCCUCUGCAGGAUCUACCGGCUUAUGUGGGGAUUCGGGGAGCAUGCAGCCGGCAGUGUGCCUCCACUGCAGGAUCUACCGGCUUAUGUGGGGAUUCGGGGAGCAUGCAGCCGGCAGUGUGCCUCCACUGCAGGAUCUACCGGCUUAUGUGGGGAUUCGGGGAGCAUGCAGUCGUCAGUGUGCUUCCACUGCAGGAUCUACCGGGUUAUGUGGUGAUUCGGGGAGCAUGCAGCCGGCAGUGUGCUUCCAUUGCAGGAUCUACAGUGUUAUAUUGGACCUACAUGAUCCCCCACAGCAUAGAAGUGCUGCCCUGCAGUAUGUAGAUAUUUAUUUUAAAUAACUCGAUUCAUUAUUUCUAGAUACUGCAGGUUUGUAUCUUGUUCAUAAAAUCUUUUACCACCAAGAAUAAUUUGAGCUCUCACAUGCUAAUAUAUCGUAAAUCAUGGCUUAAUAUGUAAAGUACUAUGCUACUUGCCAGGUAUUUUCUAUUAUGAUCUUUAUAUAUCGCCAACUUAUUCCCCAGCGCUUUUAUUAUAUUAAUAAAUGGGUAAGUGAACAGUGAGUAAUUUGGAAAAUGUUAAAGGGACACUAUAGUCACUAGAACUACAGCUUAAUGUAGUUGUUCUGGUGAGUAUAAUCGUUCUCUUCAAGCAUUUUCAUGUAAACACUGCCUUUUCAUUGAAAAGGCAGUGUUUACAUUGCCCUAGGGACACCUUCAAAUGGCCACUCCUUAGAUGGCCACUGGAGGGGCUUCCUGGCUCAGGGCUGCACAGUAAGCAGCCCUGCCGCUGAGCGUGGGGAUGCUGGAUUUUCCUCAGAGAUCCUGAUUGGUCAAAACGGCAUUUGGCCCGGCCCUGUGCCGAUUUUAGCCAAUAAUCUGCCAUUUUGUUGAUGUCACAAAGGGGGCGGACCCACACGGGACUGGAAAUAAGGUGAGUUUUACAUUUUUCUAGGAGGGGGGCAAGCCACCUAAAUGAUGGGUUUAACACUGUAGGGUCAGGAAUACAUGUUUGUGUUCCUGACCCUAUAGUGAUCCUUUAACAUGAACUAUAGAUUGAUGAGAACCUUGCUCGAAAGAGUUUACGGUCUAGAGGAGGUUGGGUAUAAAACUCGAAAGGAAGGGCAGUGUGGGGCAUUACCGCCCAGUAACAAGGUGGGAAAGUAGCAGAAUUGGAAGGUGAGUGUAGUGGCGCUUUAAGAGGGAGAGCGGAGACAGGUUUGUAAAAUAAAAUUUGCUCUUGGAGGCCAUAGGCUAUUCUGAAGAGAUGGGUUUUGGUGGACUUCUUAAAGGAACUACUUAGUCAGACUUAAGUAGAUAUGAUGCAAGGAUGUCCCUGGUGCAUCCUUAUUUGAAGGGGCCAAGUUUGCCUCCAGCUCCAUAUCCCCCAUCCCACCAGUAGCUUCAAGCAUAUGCAAUUGACUUUGACGAAGCAAGGAAUGCUGCCGGCCAUUCAUUCACCUUUUUUAUGAAUAGUGAGCUACAGAUUGGCUCAGAGUAUCAGCUGAUCAGUCUAGCCAAUCAGCAGUACCCCUGCCCAGUGGCAUUUUGCACUUUCUGAAAGAGAUCUGCAGAAGCUAGAUGUUGAUGGGGGCAAACCGAUCCAAGGCUGGAGGCAUCCUUUGGAGUUAGACCGCUUAACCCCUUAAGAUAAGAGCCAGGGACAUCCUGGCACUGUAACAAUGUAAUUUUAGUGAAGUUAUGGUGCCCGCAUGUGCAUUUUAAAGAACCAGGGGAAAGGCUGAUGAUAGAAGGCAGCAAGUGGAGCACUCUGUGAGAAGUCCUGCAUGCGCGACUUGGCACAAGCAGACACCAAGCGACUGUCACUUGCAGAGCGGAGUUACCGGGAAGGCGUGUAACUACAAAUUAGGGAAGAAAUGUAGUGGGGAGUACAGUUGUUGAGAGAUUUAUAGGUAAGGGUUAUUAUUUUAAUUGAAUUCUUUAGGAUACAGGAACCCAAUGGAAAAUCCACCUGGCAUCCGCAUUCAUUACGCACUGUAGUGAGGCAGUAUGGUUACUGAGGAGACCAAUUGGGAGAAAAUUACAGUAAGCAGAGAAAUUACAAGAACCUGAACAAUUUCUUAGUAGAAUCAUGUGUAAGAAAAAGUUGGAUGCAGGCAAUGUUGUGUGGUUUUUAUUUAUUUAUUUAUAUAUAUAUUGUGUGUAUGAAUAUGAACUGGAUGUGAGUCCUAAAGGUUAGGCCAGAAUCAAAGAUGGUACAAAGAGAGAGAGCUUGAAAGGAUGGUCUGGGUUGCGCAGGGAGAGUGAAAGAUGAGGUUAGUACAGGACCUGACAAAUCCCAGGCGCCGUGACGAUUAGGAAUUUUACUGAGGCAUGGAUGUUUGUCAUCCUGCUCAGCACUGGCCACCUUAGGGACCCCUUUUGGCAAGAGGUUGUGUGGAAUAGAUGCUGCAAGGGAGCUGUAAUAGUCUUGCUCUGCUCCCUCGCACGCCCAGCUGUGAUGCCGGGAGCCAGAAUAUGACGUUGCCCCAGCAUCCCUAAACUGCGCAAGGGAGCAGAGCAAAAAAAGCUGGAAGAUUAUGGGAUCACAGCUGCCAUACUACCCACUGGACCCCAUGGAAAGGAUCCACUCCAGCUCUCCCAAAAGUAGGAAGGCUGGGUAGACUUAAAUUAAAAUAAAAACAAUCUUAAGAAUUUGUGUGUCUGUCAGAGUAUUUUUUUUAUGGUUGGUACUGUCAUUUUCAAAAUUACAAGGCAUGUUCUUAAAAAAACUAAUGUGUUUAACUAUUUAGGUAACUGGCCCACCUUUCAUCGAAUGGGAAGGGUGUUUAACUUUUCUUUUUUUUUUUUUUUUCACACCUUGCCAAGGAUGGCCCCCAUAAAUCUUGAUGAUAUUCGGUUCAAUUCCCGGAAUGGUUGACUCAGCCCUUCAUCCUUCCAAGUUAGAUCAAAUGAGUACCAUUAAAUUGGGUAAUAGUAACGUGCCUAGGAUAUUGGGCAAAAGUAGCAUCUCCAAGAUGUAAUUGGAAACCAGAGAAAUCUGAAUGUACAUUUCCUAGUUAAAGGAACACUAUAGGGUCUGGAAUAUAAACCUGUAUUCCUGACCCUAUAGUGUUAAAGCAACCAUCUGGCCCCCCCUAAAUAUAGUAGACUAUUACUUUUGUUCAAGUGCAGCUACUGCCUCUCCCACUGAUCUCCCUGCUUUGCUGACAUCAUUAGAAGUGAUUAUCUGAGCCAAUCACAAAGCCUUCCCAUAUGAUUGGCUGAGACUGUCAAGGAGGCAGAGCCAGCACAAGCCAAACACAGCCCUGGCCAAUUAGCAUCUCUUCAUAGAGAUGCAUUAAAUCAAUGCAUUUCUAUGACGAAAGUUCAGUGUCUCCAUGCAGAGGGUAGAGACAAUGAAUGGAAGAGCGCACGCUGUGCAGCACUGCCCAGGAAGCACAUACAGCCAUCUGAGUGGUCGCCAGUGGAGUUAGUCCCUAUGCUAUAAUGUAAACACUGCAUUUUCUCUGAAAAAAAAAUGUUUAUGCAAAAGGCCUGAAGGGAACAAUUAUACUCACCAGAACAAAUUCAAUAAGUUGUAGUUGCUCUGGUGGCUAUAGUGUUCAUUUAAAGGGAAAUUAUAGUGCCAGGAAAACAAACUUGUUUUCCUGGCACUAUAGAUUACCAUCUGUCAAGGCCCCCUCCCGCGGCGCUGAAGGGGUUAAUAACCCCUUCGGUCACUUAACGGAGUCCAAUGUCCCUUGCCGCUGGGUUAGGUUCUGUCCUGUCGGCGCGGGAUGCCUAAUGCGCAUGUGCGGCAAUGGCUGUGCUCGCACUAGGAUUUACUAAUAGGAAAAUCUGACGUUAGAGGUCCACACGCACAGCUUGAGGACGUCCAUCGUCAGAUAACGGACCAAAAGUCAGUUUCCAAUCAGGAAAUCCCUCCAGUGGCUGUCUGUUAGGCAGCCGCUAGAGGAGGAGUUUACCCUCCGAGGUAAUUACUGCAGUUUAUAAAAACUGAAGUAAUUACUACUGCAGGGUUAAAAGUGAUGGGAGUUUGCACCCAGACUACUUCAAUGAGCUGAAGUGGUCUGGGUGCCUACAGUGUCCCUUUAAAUUAAGAUAGUGCGAGCUAUAGAACAUUUUAUAAUCCUAUAAAUUAUUCAAAUAAAAUUUAAAAAAUCACUUAAUUUAAGCAGAAACAAAAACAUAUUGCAGUGAUCUAGUUGAACAAGGACUGCAUGUGCAAUUUGUUGACAAUCUUUGACAAUUUUUUGAGCUUCCUACACAUACUCAUUAGAAAUGAAUAAACUGGAAGUAGAUUUAGUCGAAGGCAAAGUGUUUGUUUUUGCUUUUACAGUAAGAAAACUUUAAAUACUUUAUUACAAUAUUUUCCCAUAGGAAAGAAUUGGGAGCCUAUUGCAUAUGCGUGACAAAAUGCUGUGCUGCACCAAUCAGUGUCUUCUCAUAAAGAUGCAUUGAAUCAAUGCAUCUCUGAGUAACAUUCAGAGCUUUAAAAAAAAAGACACGUCUCCUAAAAUAGAGAGAUAGAUAUAUAUAUAUAUAUAUAUAUAUAUAUAUAUAUAUAUAUAUAAUUUAUAGCAGGCACCCAGAUUCAAAGCACAUUUGUCAAACCCUAGGUUAGUAACAUGAGGAGGAAAGAUCAGUUCAGUUUUUCGUGAUUUUAGUUUUAGAAAGUGGGAGGACAUUCAAUUUGAUGGAAUUCCAGGACAGUGGGGCAGAGAACACGAUGGGAGAGCUAUGUCAUCAGCAUACAAGUGGUAGCAGAAUCCAAAGUAAUUAAUAUAUUUCCCAAGAGAGGCAGUAUAAAGAGAAAACAAAAGGGGCAGUGAAAGUAUCCUUGCAUAGAUGUGGGAUUUGUGUUGCCCAACACCUGGGACAUGCAGUUUGUUUUGGCGUUUAGCCCUGCCGUAUCGACUACUAGAAAAAGGGCAGUUUUUGUAUCACAGCAUUUGAGUGCUACACUCUUAGUGUUUGCAGACCUCAUUAGACGCUGAAUCUGUGGUUCCGGCACACAAUGAGUCUCCCAGCAUGCACUCUGACUCACGGAGUGCUAGAACUGCGAGAAUUACCAAGAUGCUCUGAGGCUUGUGCUCCAUGUAUUGGAGCCCAAUUUAGCUUAAAGGGAUACUACAGUGUUAGGGAUACAAAUUUGUAUCCCUAACACUUUAGUGCCCCCUGAUCCAUCCUCCCUCCUUCCGGAAGAUGAGGGAUUAAAAAAAACCAACUCAAUAUCCCUUGGUCCUUGGCCUUCUAUGAUGGGGGACCUUAAUGCGCAUAAAAGGCGUGCACAUUAGCCUUACCCAUAGGAAAGCAUUGUUUCAAUGCUUUCCUCUGGGGAUUUCACUUAAGCUGGAUGUCCUCAUUCAAAGCUUGAGGAUGUCAAAAGUUGUUUAAGGGACUCAGUCCAUCUUGUAGACAGCCACUGAAGGCAGUCUUAGUACUGCAGGGUAAUUAUUUUGAUUUACAUUGCAGGGAUAAGUGGGACAGAGACACUGUACCCAGACCACUUCUAUGAGAUGAAGUGGUCUGGGUGCCUAUAGUGUCCCUUUUGUGAGGCUUGGUGAGACGACUGAGCUCUGAGCAGCUUGCCCAGAGCCCUUUAAAAUGGCCCCAGCUGACUUGCAGAAGCCCCAGGUAUCUGUUAAUGCCUGGGGUUAGUGGUAUUAAGCCGGCUCAGUCCAAUCUCUAGAGGCAUUUAAAUGCCUUCCUUUCUAAAGAGUCGCUUCCAGCGGUGCAAGUAGCUCAUCUAAAGGUCUGGGGCCACUAAAAAUGCAGACAGAGCGGAGCCUAUGUAGGAUAGCAUAGAAUGCCCAAACAGAGUUAAGGGGUUUACACAAACUGCCUGCUACCGAUUUUUAUCUGUUGCUUGAGUUAUUAAUAAAUAAAAAGCUUCAUAUAUUGCAAAGACCCCUAUUGAUGACUACUCUGCUUACAGUGCAGUGGCUGGGGGUGAAGGGGAAGGUAUGUUCUACUUACCUGAAUCUGUCUCUCUCAGCCUCCACCUUCUUGAUCCAGUGCAUUCUUUUUAACUCCUGGCACUUCAUCUGCCAGGAGCCAACAUCAGUGCUGUAGUCUCACACAAGAGCUAAAGUGCAAUACUGUUUAUGGAGAACACCGUGGGAGUCUUUAUAGACAGUCUUUUUCCCUAGUCUCUUCCAUUUUUUUUCAAGUGUAGUCCUUACUUUCUCUUUUGGUUGGGAUGUAAUUCCAGUGAAAUUCCAACACUGUUUUUAUGAGAGAAAAUCUUUGACAUGUUCAUGGGGGGCUGACAGAGCCACUUUAAUAAUUAUUUGCUUAAAAACAUGGGAUUUCCUACUAGAUGUGCUGCAUGUUGUGCAAGGACUUACAUGAUGAGCUCUCUGUUGCUAAAGUUAUUGAGAUCAUGAUAGGGUCUUGAUGACUGUAACCUAUUAACACAUGUUAAAAUUAUAUUAAUUACAGUUGUUUGAAAAGACCCAGGCCAAUGCUGUACUGGUGAUGAUGAUUGUUAUCAAAACAUGCAUUUUUAUAGUACCAGUCUGGGCCUAUCUACUGGAAUGCUGUGUUCUACUCUAUCAUUGGCGUGCUAAAUAAACUCUGAAAUACUUUUGAUUGCCAUAAUUUUCCUUAGAAUGAUGUUGCAUACCUACUUGCAAUACAAAAUGCAGACUGUUCAGUUUGUCACGUUAAUGUAUUGUUAUAAUCAAGGUGUGUGUGUGUGUGUGUGUGUGUGUGUGUGUAUAUAUAUAUAUUAAUUUUUUUUUCUUCUUCUUCUGUAGGUAAACUGUUUGUUUAGCACAGACUUAAAAUGACGGUAUUUGUCCGGUUACGUGGGCUUCCUGUUGUGGCAAAUUCUAUGGAUGUUCGACAAUUCUUUUUUGGGCUGAGCAUCCCCAGAGGUGGUGUUUAUAUAAUUGGUGGAGUAUAUGGUGAGGCUUUUAUUACCUUUGGAAGUUUUGAAGAUGCUCGGUGUGCCCUAAACCUUUCUGGCCGACCAUUAAAAAAUUCUAUUGUUCACCUCUCACUCAGCAGUGAAGCCGAAAUGAGAUACGCUUUUGAAAUAAACCGAAUAACUGCAAAUCAGCCUAUGCAAAGCAUUCCAUACUCAGGCUUUGGUAACGGAGCAGAUAGAAAUGGGAUCCAUCCAUAUUCUCGUUUAAGAAGUGAAGAAAGGGCUGGGCCUUCAUAUUUAUAUUUACAUUCUUUGCCACUUAAAGCUACAAAAGUUGAAAUCAAAGAAUAUUUUAAGGAACUUGACGUUGAAGAUGUAAUUUUCUUAAAGUUUCAAAAUGGUGUUCGAAAUGGAAAUGCUGUGGUAAAAUUUAGUAGGAGUAAUGAUGCCAUAGAAGCACUUCAACGGCCGAGGCUUUUCAUGGGUUCAUGUCAAAUUAAUAUGAUGGUAUCAGAUGAGCUUGAGUGGAUCAGAGCUGGUGGAAUUCGUAAAAAAGAGCUUUCUCCACGCAGGUCUCUAAGUUCUGGAAGAAAGCGGUCCCGUUCCAGAUCUCCAGUGAGAAAGAGACGUCAUGCUGUAUACACUAAUGAGUUUUAUGUGCAUCUUGUACACCUGCCUACCAGUGCUGCGAAAAAAGAUGUGCAGCAGCAUUUCUCUUUUGCUAGUCUUUCAGAGUCCCAAAUUACAUUCCUAACUGAUAAAUCGGGGAAAAGGACAAGAGAAGGUUUUGUGAUGUUCAAAUGUGGAAGGGAUUAUAAAAGAGCUCUUGAUUUGCACAAGGAACCAUUUUUGGGACGAUCCUUAUCUAUAUAUUCUAUCCCUAAAAGAGCUAUGCAAGACUUAUUAUCCCACAAAGAGGGCAAAUCUUCCAACUCUAGGGAGCGCUCAGCUCAUAUAGAUUUUCCUAGAAGAAAUGCUAAAGAGUCUCCCAGUUGGAAAGCAAACUGUGUAUAUUUACGGAACUUUUCAUUUGAUGUAACCAAAGCAGAUGUUCAGAAAUUUUUGACUGGUUUCACAGUAAAGGAAGAAGAUAUUUUUGUGUUAGUUGAUGAUAAAGGAGUUGGUCUAGGGGAAGCCCUAGUAAAGUUUGAAACUGAAAAGGAAGCCGCUAGUGUUGGAAAACUCCACCGUGAAAAGUACAAUGGAACAGAAAUCCUGUUAAGAUGCAUCACUGAAGAACAGAUGAAAGCUUUUGGAGCAGGCAACAGAAAGCUGAAAGAUGCAGGGGAGGUGCCUGCGUCUGACACCGCAGCGGGGGAGCCUGCGUCUGACACCGCAGCGGGGGAGCCUGCUACGGACACCGCAGCGGGGGAGCCUGCUACGGACACCGCAGCGGGGGAGCCUGCUACGGACACCGCAGCGGGGGAGCCUGCUACGGACACCGCAGCGGGGGAGCCUGCUACGGACACCGCAGCGGGGGAGCCUGCUACGGACCCAGAAGAAAUUGAAUCCAUGGAGGUAACCACAGAUACUCAAGUAACUUCACCAGACCUUUCUCAGACGGUCGCUCCAUCUGACGUAACAAAUAUUGAGGAUGAAUCCGCUUGUGAAGUAGAUAAUAAUGAAACAAAUGCUAAAGAAUCUUUAGAGGAAGAAGGAACCUGUGAGAAUAGCCAUGAUGGAAAACAAAAUGAAACCACUGUAUUUAUUCGAAACGUGCCCAAUACUGUAACUGUUCCUGAAAUUCAGGAUUUCUUUGUUGGCUACAAAGCCUUCUCUGUUAACCUUACCCAGAUUGAUACGGGGACUGCCACAGUAUGUCUGCAGACAUAUGAGGAAGCGCUGUGUGCUGUGAAUGAACUUGAUAAUCGACCAAUUGGCAACAAUACAGUGACUCUUAGUUUAGUUUAAAUACGGUGUGGGUUUUUUCUCCUUUUUUUUUUUUAAAUUUUUUUUCCUCAUGUUUUGUGUCACAGCCCAUCACCUUUCUGUUGAAGGUAUGGUAGGAAAAGUCUUUGGUAUUGAUGCCUAAUAGGAUUUCUCCUGUUUUGUAAAUAAUUACUUUGUAUAUUGUGCAAGGAUGUUUUAGUAAUUCAAAAACUUGGCAAUUGUUUCCCCUGUUUGUGUCAUGUUGCUUGUAUACAUAAUUCUCCUAAUAUGCAUUUAGUACUGUGCUAAAUGUUUCAGCAGAAAUAUGUGCUUAGAAUCUGACACUUUUCACAAAAAUUACUUGAAAUUAAAUUGCAUUAACCACCAUACCAUUUUGUUUAAAACCACACAAUAGUUCUGUUUAUCGGAUAGAAAACCAGUAACAUUUGAUUUAUUUAGACAUAAAAAAAGUAAUCGCUUUCAAACUAGGUUCACCCCUUUUCAUAGAAAAAAAGUGCAGAAACUUUUCUGUAGCAAAUUACUUUUUGUAAGAAAUGCCUUUGAACACUCUCUGAUAUAAUUCUGCACAGUUUGAGUGCUUUUCAUGGUAAUGCAUUGUCCUAAUUAUAGGACAGUGAAGACCUUGAUUUAGAAAUGUGUAGGUGUGACAUGGAAGACUGAGACAAAAUGAAUGCAUGGAGGAAUCUGGUACCUGCUGACACAACAACUAGAAGCAUUGGAAUGCCACAGCACUGUUAUUAGUUGCAUCCAGUAGACUUUGUGCAGUCUACCUUACAGGUAUUUAGGGAAGUUACUGGAGUCCUGCAUACUAACAUAUUUAGCAGAUUAGGAUGGGGGUGGUUAUGACUGGAAAAACUAAAGAUGAAGAAUUUUUUUUUUUUUUCCUUUAACACAAAUGUAAGGGGGUGACCUAUAAUCCGUAGAUAUUUUCAAAUAAUCACAUGCUUCUAUGUACGAUUGAAGUUGUGUAUUUAAUAAAGAAAUUAUUCUGAA